AUGACCAGAGUCCUGCUUUAUACAUCUACACCUGUGCCUUAUGGUGACUGUGUUGUGUCUCCUCUCGCGGAAGUCCUCCUUGUUCAUCACGUUGCUCUUCAGCAAACCGUCGUCACUAUCACCAACAACUCUACCAGCCUUCAGCUCGUCAACUUAGGAAUCGUUGACCACGUCCUACCACAAGGCAUGGACUUAGACCCCACGGUCAACCUGCAAACAAGACUGCAGAAGCUCCUCUCCAAGGUUUUUAAAUUUGUUCCACCGCAGCAAAAGCAUCUCUACCAUCGCCUCCUGUGUACUAACGGGUCCGCACCUGCAAUAUACGGACUACCGAAAGUUGACAAGCCAGGCGUUCCACUACGGCCCAUUGUAGACUUUACAAGGUCACCGCUGCACCGGUUAUCAGGUUACCUACACCAAGUGCUGGGCCCGCUCACCGGCAAGACAGCGACGCACAUUUCAAAUUCUUAUGCCUUCGUGGAGAAAGUGCGCGACAUCUCCCUGGAUGAAGACGACAUUAUGGUGUCAUUUGACGUGAAGUCGCUCUUCACUUCAGUGCCUGUUGACCUGGCCGUUGCUACGUGCAGAGAUGCCCUGCUGGCGGACGACACGCUCGCUGAGCGCACCCCUUUGGAAGUACAGGACAUUUGCGAGCUUUUAGACUUCUGUUUGAGCAACACCUACUUCACUUAUAACAAACAUUUUUACAGGCAGAUCAACGGAACUGCCAUGGGUGCUUCCAUUUCCGUUACUACCGCCAACUUGGUCAUGGAAGUCAUUGAACAGAAGGCCCUAACUGACUUCGCUCCCGCGCCGAAGGUUUUCGUCCGCUACGUAGACGACUGCUUUUGCAUUGUGCGAAAGCCGGACGCUUCACGCCUCCUACGCCUUCUCAACUCAGCAGACGCAGCGCUACAAUUUACCACAGAAUACGAGUGUGACAACAGCCUCCCCUUCCUUGACGUCCUCGUGCGGCGAAGUGGAACGAGGCUCUCAUUUGCCGUGCACAGGAAGGCGACUCAUACCGGCCAGUACUUAAACUUCAAUUCAUGUCACCCGGCUUGCCACAAGCAAUCCGUUGUCUCAUCUCUCGUGACGCGGGCCACACGCAUCUGCUCAAGUGACCACGAAAUGCAGAACGAACUGAAAAGAAUUAGUCACGAAUUAUCCAGGAACGGGUACCCCAAGAAGUUUAUUGGCAAAAUGGAAGCCCGCGUCCUCCAUCCAAAGCCGUCUCAAGCCGUGCGCACACCGCCUUCCUGUCGGCUGCUGCUGGGCCUCUGGAUGCUCUUCGGACAAGUGCUGUCCAUGGGUUACAGCGGCAACCUCAUCUCCUAUAUGACAGAGCCCGGUCAUGAACCAGCCGUUGACACGCUCGCUAAACUUUCAAGAGAGGUGCGCAGAAGCCGCUUCGCCUGCGGCACAAUCCGUGACGCCGCCGAGCAUGUGAUGCUGAAGGGCACAGUGACGACGCAGUUCCUUCGUCCACCACCACCCCCGCCGCCAACCUGUCGUCCCACGUAG